GGACGGUGAUCUAUUGCCUUGGUUUCGAAAGUGAAUCCAUGAAAACUCCGAUGUCCAUCUAUUUUUCUUUUGUGGGUUCAGCCCAGGAAAGGGAAUUCUAGGUCAACUCAUUUGCCUGCAAGUUGGCAUGGCCAGUGCACCCCCACCCCCACCACCGUUAAAUAAUGAUAUCAAUGCCAUUUUAGCGCCAAUAUUGAGCCAGUUUUCUUUCCCGCAGCUGGAAUCCGUUCUUUACGCUUAUCUUCCUACUAGGAUCGAUCGAUUGGUCCACAAAACUGGGAUAUACGCUGUCGAUACGUUUGUAGUCACCGCUUCCGUGACCUUGGUCUUGGUGGCUGCCAAGCUUUUGUUCCAUUUUUUCACUCGUACACUCAAAGGCGAUAAGCGGACCGACCGACCGUUGAACGAUGGCGAGAUUACAGUCGUCAUUGAGCCUACUACUCAGGACGACUAUCGCUCCACCUCCAACAUCUUUCAUCAAGCCUUGUCGUUUCUGAUAUCUGAGCAGGCCCAAACAAAAUCUAGAGGUCGUUAUACCCUCAAACCUGAUCUCCAAGUCGAUCACGAUGCAUUGGAACCACCGGCAUUUAAUAUGCAACCUCAGCCGGAUCAAGAGCACAUCAUUGAACAUGACAAGGUGCACUUUCGCAUUUCUUUUGAACAAAACGGGCAAGCCUCCAUGCUUCCCCGGGAUGAUACAGCGCCCAAAAUGCAACCGGAAAAUCAUGAUCCUUCCAUUCGCGUUACCACCGUGCCCAACGAUGAUUAUAAUAUCACCGUUUCCACGAUUGCCACAUUUUUAACGGCCGUGGCAAAAGAUUACAUCCAUCAUACCGAGUCUCUGAGAAAGCUGACUCGGUCACGAUACGAUUACACGAGUCCCGGUAAAUGGACACGCACUUGCACGCUUUACGAAACCCAAGGAUUAGACACCGUAGCAUUGAGUCCUGAAACGGAAUCGCUGAUACGGGACGAUCUCCAAUCGUUCAUGAACAAUCAAUCCUUCUACCAGAGGACAGGGUUUCCUUAUCGCCGUGGUUACUUGUUGCAUGGCAAUCCGGGCACCGGAAAAACAAGCCUCAUCUUUGCUAUUGCCUCGGCGUUAAAGCGGCAUUUAUACUUUAUCAAUCUGAAUUACAUUGACACCGAUGCUGAAUUGGUGCAGGCAUUCAUCAAUGUACCCGCCAACGCAAUCGUUGCUUUUGAGGAUAUCGACACCAUGACAACGACCGUGCAUAAGCGGAGCAUGACAUAUACAAAGCAUUCAAACGGAAGCACAGACCUUCCUCCCGAGCAUCGAUUCAAUCUCAGCACAUUCUUAUCCAUACUCGAUGGCCACACAUUGGAAGACGGCAUCAUUUUUAUCAUGACCACCAAUCAUCAUGACAUUCUUGAUCCAGCGAUUGUUCGACCAGGACGGAUGGAUGUGCAUCUUCAUUUGACGUAUGCAACCCAUUACCAAAUCCGGCGCAUCUAUACCAUGGUGAUCGGCACAGAAGACGGAUCCACACUCGAUAAUAUUUAUGCCGAAUUUGAACAAGAGAUCCCUGAAUUUGUCAUACCGCCCAGCGAGAUCAUGCAGACCAUGGUCGCCUAUCGUCAUCAGAAAGAGAGUAUUCGGCGCAAAUUACGCCAUAUUGCGCAAAAAUAUAAACCUUUAGACUGAAGUUCAAGUGUACAAAUAGAAAAAUGGACUGUCGAUCCACAGUUUUGAUUACUUGUUGGAUGGGAA